AUGACUGUCGAGACAUUAGAACAAACUCCUAAUACAAAUGGAGCAACGACAUCUUUAUUGCCCCAAGAAACCCCAGAUAAGCCAACUAAUGGUGUACAAAUACCGGUAGUAAAGGUGGAAGACGCAGCCAAAGAGCUUCUUAAAGAGCCAAAAUUCUCUAGUUAUCCCGUCCCAACUCUCAAACUUGAGGAUCGCUAUAUUGAUGAGCCAAGACAACUAAGAGUCGCCGUCAUUGGAGCAGGACUUUCCGGAGUUCUAGCUGGCAUACUCCUUCCUGCAAAGGUUCCUAACAUAAAACUGACGAUAUUCGAGAAGAACGCGGAUGUGGGUGGCACAUGGUUUGAGAACAUAUAUCCAGGAGUCAGGUGUGAUGUACCGGCUCACGUAUACCAAACCAGCUUCUCCCCCAACACGCAAUGGUCAGAGCAGUUCGCCCAGGGUCGCGAGAUCCGCGAAUACUGGCAGGGACUUGCACGGAAGUACGACGUGUACCAGCACUUGAAGCUCUCCCAGAAAGUAGAAGAGAUAAGCUGGGACGAGAAGAAGUCCGUAUGGAACGUGAAAGUGCACAACCUCAGCACCGGGGAGACUUCGAGCCAGGAGUUCGACUUCGUCCUAACAGCCAUCGGCCGCUUCAACGCCUGGAGAUUGCCCGACUAUCCCGGGAUAAACGAGUUCAAGGGCCUCCUCCGCCACGCGUCUAACUGGGACCCUACCUUCGACCCAACCGGGAAAAGCGUCGCGAUCAUCGGCAACGGCGCAAGCGGCAUCCAACUCACCGCGAACCUGCAGAAGCGCGUGAAGCACCUAGACCACUACGCGCGGAACAAGACCUGGGUAACGGCCUCCUUCGCCGGCGACGAGACCUCCAUAACGCCCAUCCCGAUCUCCGCCUCCCUGCGGGACUCCUUCGCCGACCCGGCCGAAUACGUAAAAUUCCGCAAAGAGCUCGAAUCGAAAUACUGGCGCGGGUUCUCCAGCUGGCUCAAGGGGUCGGAGCUAAACCAGAAGUCGCGCGAGGAGUACACGGAGCUAAUCCGCAAGCGCCUAGCGAAGAAACCGGAGCUCUUCGAAAAUAUCAUCCCGGACUUCUCCCCGCACUGCCGCCGUCUGACGCCGGGGCCGAACUACUUCGAGGCCAUCACGGAGGACAACGUGGAGUACAUCCAGACGCGGAUCAAGGCCUUCACGGCGACCGGCAUCGAGACCGUCGACGGGAAACACCGCGCCGUCGACGCCGUGUUCUGCGCCACGGGCGCGAAUGUGGAUUUAGUGCCUCCCUUCAGCAUCUGGGCGAACGGCAAGGAUCUAUCGCAGCUGUGGAAGAGGGACGGCGAGUUCGGGUUCCCGUACUCGUAUCUCGGGGUCGCAACACCGGGGUUCCCGAACUUGGGCUUCGUUCAUGGACCCCAUGGGUCCGGCAGGUCGGGCACGGUGCCGCAUAGCGUCGAGGUGCAGGUGACGUUUUUCGCGAAGCUGCUGCGCAAGGUUGCGCGCGAGGGAAUCAGGACGGUUCAGCCGGCGCGCAAGGCGGCGGAUGAUUUCGUAGCGUACUCGGAUGCGUUUUUCGAGACGACGGUAUUGUCGGAGAAUUGCAGCUCGUGGUAUAAUAGCGGGCGGCCUGGGAGCAGGAUACAUGGGCUCUGGCCCGGCAGCGCGGCGCAGGUUACGAUCGUCUUGCGGGACCCGCGUUGGGAGGAUUGGGAGUAUGAGUACCUCUCCGAGAGCGGGAAUAGGUUGGCUUGGUAUUUUGGGAAUGGGAGGACGAGGAGGGAAGAAGAUCUUGCUGUUGAUAUUACGCCGUAUAUUAAAGAUCCGGCUACGGUUGAUCUGAGGGAUGUUCAUGAGAGCUGGUGGGAUUUACCUUGAUGUUCUUGAUAUGCUAUCUGGCAUUGAGAUACGGGGUUGUUUAUAGAGAAGAUAUGGAUGGAAACCACUUAGUGUUAACUUAUUCUAGGUAU